AUGACCGAAAGGAGAGCCUCGGAUUUCGCGGAAGCGGAACAACCCAGUAUUCAGCAACAACCGCCGCCUACAGCAAGCUCUGUCCAAGAAAAUGAUGCGCCGGCCACCAAAGUAAAGCGUAAACUGCCGCCUUACCUUGAUCACUUCAAUGCCCGCGAUCUCAAGGUUUUCUUUCGCUGCUGGGUUGCAGCCUGGGUAGCUUGCUUGUUGAUACUCAUCAGCCCCUCGCUGCGGAGCCUCGGAUUUGGGGCCUUCUUUGCUUGUAUGGUUUUAUUGAUGAUCCCACCCUCUGGCAUUGUGUCUAUAUAUCUUCUUGGUGCAACGACCAUGAUUAUGGGAAUGCUUAUGGCCUGGGCAUGGGGAGUAAUUGCCAUGAAAGCAGCUUUUGCUGCCAGGCCAGCCGCAGAGACCCAAGCACGAUUCGCAUCCUUGCAACAGACAGCCGCAGCUCAAGCGAACGCUACUGGGACCACUCCAACCGCUGCUGCACAAGUCUUGAUUUACGAAGGGUAUAUGCUUGACGCACGAGUAACUGUGGCUAGGCUACGAGCUAGUAAUCCAAAAGCGACGUUUACUACUAUUUUCGGUAUCAUUAUCUCUGAUCUUAUCUUGACCUAUGCCCCUCUCUUCCCUUCGUUCCAAGGGACCCUCCCCGAGACGCUGAUCAAACCAGCUGCGAUCGGCGUGGGACUAGGGUUCGCAUGUUCAGUACUUUUGUUUCCUCGUUCCACGUCCCAUGUACUGUUAGAUAGUCUUGAGGAUAUGAUGGAUCACCUCAGGCUACCAUUGGAAUUUACCGCAUCCACACUCGGGAAAAAAGAAAAGAACCCGGACGGACUUGGGCCCUUGCGCAUGAUUCAGACCAAAAUCGUCCAGGAAUAUCGAAAGAUGGAACCGGCCUUUGGCUUUUUGCCUCUAGAUUUUUCCGUUGGCCUUUGGGGAUCUGAGGACGUUGCAAGUUUCAAGGAACCCGCACGGCACCUAGUAACGGCUGUUAUGGCGCUGUUGGAAUUCCACAUGACCAGGCUCUUCAGCGACUCUCGCACCGAAAAUUUGCUACGCGACUAUGUUGAUGAAAUAAAAAAUGAUCAUGCCUUGGACGAAAAACAUACCCACGACGUCGGUGGCCAUCAGCGCUCGAAAAUGGCCGAACUUCUGGAUGGAUUUCGCACUGCCGGAGAUCACCACAUCGGUGACGAGUCAGCUAAGGCGCUUAUUAAAUCCAGUACCGAAGCCAUCGAAGUCUGCCUAGAAUCUCUUGAUCUCAUGAAAGAAUGCAUCCAUAUGGUAAAUAGCCGGCGCUGGUUUCGCCGUCCUGCAGCUGAGGAACGGGAGGAGCUACAUAGACGCGCCACAGACACGCUGGAAAAACUGCAUCAAAUUCGUGGAUCUUUUGUCAACAAAGUGACAGAGACUCUUAUUGCCGAAUACUCCCAAUUUUUCGAGGACCCCGACGCUCAGGGCGACAGAAUACCACGAGCAAGAGGACUCGUCGUUGGCAUGGUAUUUGAGGAACACAUGGCCAACGCAAUCGACAAGACAGAAGCCCUGAUGUCUCGUAUUUUCACUGUUUUUCAUAAAUCGACAAAGACUCGGUUGUGGUGGCCUCUCAGCCUCACACACGCCGCUGCCUGGGCAACUGGAACGAAUGAAAAGACGCCGAUGUUGGCUCCAGCGACAGACGACGACCCCUACCAAGUGGCUGAUCUCACGAAGGUUGCGCAAGAGAAACUUCGCAUUAGCCGCGGAUAUCGCAGCAGGCCACGGAGUGUCACUGGGCGAGUCGUCUUAGGUACCUAUCACUGGUUCACGUCAAAUGCAGGACUUUAUGGUAUACGAAUGGUGGUCGUGACUAUCGCCCUGAGCAUACCCGCUGCACUUCCCCAUACUGCGGGCUUUUACUACCGCGAGAAAGGACUAUGGGCCUUGAUUAUGGCGCAGACAAGUCUUUUAGUCUACAUGGCUGAUUUUACCUUUGCCGUUAUUUCACGGGUAGUUGGUACUGUCGCUGGAGGUGUUUUGGGAUUGCUGGCCUGGUACAUCGGAUCUGGCAAUGGACCCGGGAGUCCAUAUGGCCUUGCAGCUAUCGUCGGAGCUAUUCUUACGAUAUUUAUCUGGAUAAGGUUGUAUCUCCCCCCUAGCUUCCUUCAGGGAGGAAUCAUGUCUGGUGUAACAUUUUUACUUGUUGUUGCCUACAGUUUCGAUGAUACACACAUUCCUCAGUAUGGGAACCCGGGAGUAGGUUACACUGUGUUUUAUCGACGACUCGUUUUGGCAUUGGUUGGCGUCGGAGCGUCCAUCAUUGUACAAAUUCUCCCACAUCCUCCAUCGGCAUCCAAACACGUCCGGAAAAGCCUUUCUCGCUCUAUUCGUUCCUUGUCGGAUCAUUACGCCCUAUUACUUUCCUGCUGGGGACACUCCCGUGAUGAUGGCCAGCUUCUUGCUGAGUCAGUCACUAUCCAGUUGACCGAGUCGCUUGUAUUGCUAGAUGGACCUAUUGCACUGCUACGGUUUGAAUUUUCAAGCUCCCGAUUCGAUAGUGAGGCUCUGGACAUUGUGAAGCGGCUAUGCCAUGCUAUGAAUCUGAACUUACGGCGUCUACUGGUACUUUCUGGUUCCCUACCACAACAUUUUCAAGAUAACCUCUCUCGGCAAACCGGCCUUCUCGAUCAUCGUAUCAUUGGCGAAAUUAUGGCAGUUUUGGGCAUGUGUGAACAGGCCUUGAAGACAGAGGAUGCUCCGCCUGAGAUUCUCCCAACUCCUCUGCUGCGCCGAGCCUUUGAACACGGCCGCACUCGGGUGGGAGAUUUCAAUGUUACCCCAGAGCUAGUUCGCGAUGAGGAAUACCGAAAGUUCUGCGUCGCGUUGAGUGCGUAUCUCAAGUUUUUGGGAAGUAUCGAUGAGCUGGUGCUCGUGGUUAAGGGAGUCUUGGGCGAGGCACACCUAGUGUCCAAGGAGCUUGUAGAUUUGGUUUAA